CUUAUGCUCCGGGACUGGACGGGGAGAGUUCGGCUACGGGGGAAGGAUUGCUGUACGGGGGUUCGCGGACGGGGCACUGUCCUUCACUACCUCCUCGAGCUGCCGGUUCGUUUAUCUGGGAUGUACCUUUUGCCCUUUUUAAAUAGGGUUGAUUGACAAACGGUUUCUGGAUUUCUAAUGCCAUGGCUACAGGACUGAAAAAUGUGGGCAAUGCGUUUGGUGGUCCAUCGCCGGCAAAGGCCUUCCAGAGUGCACCUGCGGUUAUAGUUGACGAUGAUGAUGAUGUUGUUUUCAUUGAACCUGUUCGGGUUCCUCACUCUGCCCCACCUCCUGCAUCAAGAAGUACAGGAUUUCCUCCAUCACUAAAUGAAAAUCACAGGGCAGAUCUAAAAUCACACUCUUCACACUCUUCCGGUAAAGAUGUGGAUUCUGGCAAGAUAAUUAUAAGUGAGACGAUCAUCAUUGAUGAUGAGGAAGAACCGGAGCCCAGCCGUGCACCAGCCAAAAAUGCUUCCAGUUUCAACCCACCCAGGCUUAUGGACUCUAACAGACCUAUUGCGGAUUUUCCAUCGGCAUCUAGUUUCCCAAGAAACAAACCGAGUACUGGGAUGAUGAGUUCUGGUAUUACUACUGAGCCUGACUCUGAAAUACAGAUUGCAAAUGUCACCACGUUAGACUCCGGAUUAGGUUCUGUAGGUGAGGUUCAGAGCAGUGAGGGGAGAGAUAUGAAUCUGAUGAUUACUCAUGUGACCUCACUGCAAAACCCUGGCAUGGGAGAGGUACCUAAUGGAUUACAAGGAGCUAGUUUUGGUGCUCAUGUCCAAACCUAUCCAUCUCCUCUUGCCUCACAAAACAAGCCCACAACAGGACCUUAUAAUCCAGGACGAAUUAAUGUUAGUGGUGAUGUUUUUCAAAAUGGUGAAUCUACAACUCAUCAUACUUCUGAUGCCUGGCUAUCCCAGUCUGCUUCGUUUCCACGAAAUCAGCAGUCAGGUGUGGAAAUCAUAUCGCCGGUAGCCACCCUUCCAAAACAGGUUUUACAGCAGCCUCCACCAACACAACAGCCUUCGAAAGCUGUAAAGGUGACAUGUGCAAACUGCAAGAAGCCACUUCAAAAAGGGCAGACCGCAUAUCAGCGCAAAGGAUCCACUCACUUGUUCUGUUCCACUUCUUGUUUAUCAUCUUUUUCACAGAAGCCAGCUCCAAAGAAGCUCUGCACCAUGUGUAAAAAAGAUAUUACAACAAUGAAAGGUACAAUUGUUGCUCAAGUCGAUUCAAGUGAAUCCUUCCAGGAAUUUUGUAGUACCUAUUGUUUAUCGGUUUAUGAGGACAAACAGAAUUCUGCCAAAAAUCAGAACAAGUCAAGAUGCACUAUUUGUGGCAAAUUAACAGAGAUUCGCCAUGAAGUUAGCUUUAAAAACAUGACUCAUAAGUUGUGCAGUGAUCACUGCUUCAAUCGAUAUAGGAUGGCCAAUGGCCUGAUCAUGAAUUGCUGUGAACACUGUGGAGAAUACCUACCAAGCAAAGGCGCCGGAAGCAAUGUUCUCAUGAUAGAUGGCCAGUGGAAGAGGUUCUGCAGCCCAGCCUGCCUCAAUGAUUUUAAGCUGAAACAUGGAAAGCUAACCAGCUGCACAGGAUGCAAAGCUCAAUGUAGAAUCUUUGACAUGACUCAGUGCAUUGGAAUAAAUGGACAUAUGGAGCCAUAUUGUUCAACAACAUGCAUGAACAAUCACAAAUCAAAAUUUGCAAAGCCGCCGCCGCCACCACCACCACCUCCCCCUCCUGCACCUCCAGUUCAGACUUUCCUUCCCAUUCCAAAUCCAGGAAUAAUUUGUCAUUUUUGUAAAAGGAACUCCUUACCUCAGUAUCAAGCCACAAUGCCUGAUGGAAAACUCUACAAUUUUUGUAGCUCUGAAUGUGUAGCCAAGUUUCAGACUCUCAGCAUCCAGUCAUCUACAAAUGGCCAGCAUGUCAGCAGUGAUCUUCAGUUGAAAUGCAAUUACUGUAAAAACAUGUUUUCUACAAAGCCUGCAACCCUGGAUUGGGAGAAAAAGAUGUACCAAUUCUGCAGUACUAUAUGUUGUGAUGAUUUUAAGAAGCUGCACUGCAUUGUUAUGUACUGUGAAUACUGUCAGGAAGAAAAGACUCUGCACGAAACUAUGAAAUUCUCUGGCGUUAAGAGGCCUUUCUGCAGUGAAGGUUGUAAGCUACUUUAUAAACACGACUUUGCAAAACGUUUGGGAUUGAAAUGCGUUACCUGCAACUACUGCUUCCAGAUGUGCAAGAGAGGCGCAACUAAGGAGUUUGAUGGCAAGCUGCGAGACUUCUGCAGUGAGGAAUGCAGUAGAAAGUUCCACGACUGGUAUUAUAAGGCAGCCAGGUGUGACUGCUGUAGAACUCAAGGAACACUUAAAGAGAAAGUACAGUGGCGUGGAAUAGUAAAGAACUUCUGUGACCAGCAGUGCUUACUCCGUUUCUACCUCCAGCAAAACGAGCCUAACAUGACGACACAGAAAGGCCCAGAAAAUAUGUAUCUAGACCAAGGAAUUCAAACUUCGCGGCCACGACCAAUGGGUAUAAACUGCACUCCUGUACCACCUAAAGACAUGAAGAAUAAAGCUGUCUUGUGCAAGCCACUGUCCAUGACAAAAGCCACCUACUGCAAACCGCACAUGCAGACUAAGACAUCCCAGACAGAGGAAGACCCUAACACAAAGUACGUUCCAGUGCCUAUCCCAGUUCCAGUGUAUGUGCCGGUGCCCUAUGAAUCUUUACAGUCAGAAAGUACCAGCUCCCACAGCAAUACCUGUCCCCCUGAUUGGGACAAAAUCAAAGAAUUAAAUGAAGAAUUUAAGCUGAAAGACUUAAAACUAGAUAUGGACCUAAAGGUAAAAGAUUAUCUAAAGGUUGAGCUGGAAAAGCAGGAAGAGAUGGAGGAUUCCUUGUCAUUAAAGGAUGAAGACUUGGAAGAAGAAAACGUAAAGGUAGAAGAUCAGGACAGCAGAGAAGUGUGGGAUAUGCUGGUGGACGAUGAAGAGGAUAUAAGGGAAGAUGAUGGAUCUUUGCCAGAGGAAGUAAAGGAAGAAGAUCUGAAAGAAGAUCUGACUGAUGAUCUGAAAGAAGAUCUGACUGAUGAUCUGAAAGAAGAUCUGACUGAUGAUCUGAAAGAAGAUCUGACUGAUGAUCUGAAAGAAGAUCUGACUGAUGAUCUGAAAGAAGAUCUGACUGAUGAUCUGAAAGAAGAUCUGACUGAUGAUCUGAAAGAAGAUCUGACUGAUGAUCUGAAAGAAGAUCUGACGGAUGAUCUGAAAGAAGAUCUGACGGAUGAUCUGAAAGAAGAUCUGACGGAUGAUCUGAAAGAAGAUCUGACGGAUGAUCUGAAAGAAGAUCUGACGGAUGAUCUGAAAGAAGAUCUGACGGAUGAUCUGAAAGAAGAUCUGACGGACGGUCUGAAAGAAGAUCUGACGGACGGUCUGAAAGAAGAUCUGACGGACGGUCUAAAAGAGGAUCUCGAUGACGGUCUGAAAGAGGAUCUCGGUGACGGUCUGAAAGAGGAUCUCGGUGAAGGUCUGAAAGAGGAUCUCGGUGACGGUCUGAAAGAGGAUCUCGGUGACGGUCUGAAAGAGGAUCUCGGUGACGGUCUGAAAGAGGAUCUCGGUGACGAUCUGAAAGAGGAUCUCGGUGACGAUCUGAAAGAGGAUCUCGGUGACGAUCUGAAAGAGGAUCUCGGUGACGAUCUGAAAGAGGAUCUCGGUGACGAUCUGAAAGAGGAUCUCGGUGACGAUCUGAAAGAGGAUCUCGGUGACGAUCUGAAAGAGGAUCUCGGUGACGAUCUGAAAGAGGAUCUCGGUGACGAUCUGAAAGAGGAUCUCGGUGACGAUCUGAAAGAGGAUCUCGGUGACGAUCUGAAAGAGGAUCUCGGUGACGAUCUGAAAGAGGAUCUCGGUGACGAUCUGAAAGAGGAUCUCGGUGACGAUCUGAAAGAGGAUCUCGGUGACGAUCUGAAAGAAGAGCUCAAUGACGAUCUGAAAGAAGAGCUCAAUGACGAUCUGAAAGAAGAGCUCAAUGACGAUCUGAAUGAAGAGCUCAAUGACGAUCUGAAUGAAGAGCUCAAUGACGAUCUGAAUGAAGAGCUCAAUGACGAUCUGAAUGAAGAGCUCAAUGACGAUCUGAAUGAAGACGUAAAGGAAGAAAAUUAUCUAAGGGAAGAAGAGCUAACAGAAGAUGAGCUAUCCGAUGGAAGCCCAUUUCAAAUUGUGGAAAUAGAAGAUCCUAUAACUGAAGAACAGACUUUGUGUGAUGAUAUUGAUGAAAUACAAGUCGAUGAAGCUAAAAGCUGCAGUGCUGAUAGCCCAUCAAGCUUACCAGAUGUGCCAUAUGAGCCAGAACUGGACAUUGAGGAUGAUUUUCCAAGGGCAGCUGAAGACCUUGAUACAGAAAGUGAGUUUCUAUUGCCUCCUGUUUUUGGGGAGGAGUAUGACGUGCAACCAAGACCCAAGCCACUUAAAAAGGGAUUGAAGAGGAAGGCAGUUUUGGGUGACAGCCCUCUUCCUGAAAGCUCAGUGUGUGCGUUUCCUCUCAAAUGUUCCUAUGGUGUCAAUGCCUGGAAGCAUUGGGUUAAAACAUCUCCUCAAGAAGAGUUUGUUGAAACAGUGAGAUUAAAAGAAAAUCUUCUGGAGCAUACAGCGAGUGAGCUCAGCCAUGGACUUUCACGGUUUGUGAAGGAGGUGCGAAGGUCGAAUGGGGACAGCUAUUCACCUGAUAGCAUCUAUUAUUUGUGUUUGGGUAUUCAAGAGUUCAUGUCUAGGAGCAGAAGAACAGAUAAUAUAUUUAUUGAUCAAGAGUAUCGGGAGUUUGAAGAAGAAUUUAAUAUUAUCCUUAGGAGCUGGCAGCCUAGUAUUCUUCCUGAUGGUUCGAUGUUCUCCAGAGUUGAAGAAGACUAUUUGUGGCAAACAAACCAGCUUGGAACCCAUUCCGCAGUGACUCUCCUAUUCACCCUUUGCUACUUCAAUACUAAGUAUUUUAAUCUGAGGACCAUAGAUCAGCACUUAAGACUUUCUUUUGGUACAAUCUUAAAACAGUGGAAAGGAAGUCCCUUAACACAAGAAAGAAAAGCUUGCCUCCAGUACCAAGUGUCUUCAUUAUGUGACAGUGAAGAUAAAGUUAGCUCUGGAAAAAGGAAACAUGAGGAUGACGAACCAGUAUUUGAACAGAUUGAAAACACAGCUGACCCAUCUCGUUGUCCUGUGAAAAUGUUUGAAUACUAUCUUUCUAAAAGCCCCUCAAAUCUUGACCAGAGAAUGGAUUUAUUUUACUUGCAUCCAGAAAGCUCCUCUACUUCCGAAUCCCUUCUGUGGUUCACAUCCUCUUCCCUGAAUCGAAACACUUUGGAAAACAUGCUUAUACGGGUUUUACUAGUCAAGGACAUUUAUGAUAAAAGCAGUUAUGAACUGGAAGACGACACAGACUAAAAAUUGCAAGUCACUAAAGCAGUCCUGAAAAAGGAAAUAAACAGCAUUAGAUAGCCAAGCUGCUAGAGUGAAUAACUGAGAACUAAGAGUAAAAACAUUUCAUGUUUACUCCCCAUGUAUUUUAUGAGUUUUGUAGCAGUGUACCCAAUUUGGGUAUUAUAAUGUAAAUAUCUGUGUGACAUUUGCAUUUUCCUUGUAGUGAGUUUUAGGAGACAUAAUAAACACACACAACUCGUUUUUUUUUUAUUAUUUAUUUGAACUUAGGGAUGUUUGUACCUUUUUACAUGACCAGAUCUGAAUGAGAAUGUGCCAUGUAUACUUGCUUCAUCUCCAUAUUGCACAAUUCUGCUAUUGCAAAAGCUUUCUGUAAAAAAUAAAAGAAGGUUUUACCCAGGUUCCUCAAUUCAAUAACUGUAUUCGUAGCAGUACUGAGUUUUCCAUAACACUGUUUUCAUUUUUAAAUUCUGAUGUAAACUAAUAGGGAAUUGUUUUUAUUUUUAGUUUGGUGGAAACCCCCCCUAUUGGAUUAUGUAGACAACAAAAUCCACACCUGUACCAAAAAUUAGACUCUUGAAAAAUGCUGUCAAUAUUUGUGUACUGUAACGUGAAUGAAUUGUGAUUAUUUUUAUUUUCUUCCUCUUCUUUUUUUUUUUUUUUGUUUCACCCUCAAGCCCCACCCUUUCCAUUCUGAUUAAAACAUUACCAUGUAUUUUUCUUUAUUUGUGAUUCUUAUGCUUCCACCCAACAAAUAAAACUUCUUAACUUGUCUGCUUA